AUGACCUUCGGUGAGACACAUCCAGCAGCUGUGGUGGCUGUUGACAGCCGCAGUGAGACUGAAUACACUGGGAAUGAAAUAAAUGACUCGUCUGAGACUGCUCGUAAGCCAAACAUGGUCCCAGCUAGGUCGGAGGGCUUCUCCGAUCGAUUUCAGCUUUCCAGGAAUGUCGCCACUAACAGCUACUCACUGACCAUCAGCAACGUGACGGUCACUGAGCCUAAACUUUACAUCUGUGGCAUUUGGGAGUCAGUCUUUGGAAAGGGAACCCAGCUGAAUGUGACCAGUGUAAAUGCAGGUACAGUCCUGAUCCAAUCACCAGGAGUUGUGAAGGUGCGUGAAGGUGGAACGGUGCUGAUACAGUGUGUCCUGGAGAGCAGUAAUGUGAAUGACAUUGUGGAUAAAUUCACUGUACACUGGUACAACUCACACAAUAAUCUGACAGAUAAAGGAAUUGUCCUUUCUCUUUACACUGAUGGCGGAGUUUACAGAUCACGGGGCUUCUCCGAUCGAUUUCAGCUUUCCAGGAAUGUCACCACUAACAGCUACUCACUGACCAUCAGCAACGUGAAGCUCACCGACUCUAAACUUUACAUCUGUGCCAUUUGGGGGACGGUCUUUGGAAAUGGAACCCAGCUGAAUGUGACCAGUGCAGACGUUCCUGUCCUUAUCCAGUCCCCGAGCGUACAGCGUGUCACUGAGGGUCACACGGCGUGGUUAUGGUGUACCAUGAGCAAAGCCAGGCUGGAAGACACCGACGUCCACUGGUAUCGGAAACUACCUGGGCAGGACAUGGAGUGGGUUUUAAAACACAGGGCAGGAGGCAGCCCAGAGUGGGGACGGGGUUUCACUGAGAGGUUCCAGUCCUACAGAGACACGUCCAACAGCAGCUUCACCCUGACAGUCACAGACGUGGUGCACAGUGAUUCUGCCGUCUAUUACUGCAGAGUGUGGGGAGACAUCGAUGGGAACGGCACCCAGCUCAUCGUAACCAAGAUGUCCCGAACCCCAUCAUACCUGGCCUGGCUCAUUCUGGCUGUCGUGCUGGGAGUUCUCGCUGUCACUGGAGGCAUUUUCCUCAUCAGACGCAGAGCGUUUAGAAACCACCCGUCCCACCCACCCACAGAAACUGAUCACCGGAGCCCAGGGGCAGAUUAUGAAAAUGUUUCCAUGGCCAGGGAUGUCCCGGGUUCAGGAGGUCACCAGGUCGAUUCAAACAACACCUACAUGGCUCUACAAUGUCCCACUCAGUCCAUCUACGGUCAUCUCCAAGCCGACAAUAAACCACCGUCUCGCAGCUGAACCACAGCGGGAAUCGGUCUGUAUGACCUCGGCUGGGGGAGGAACCCCGGAUGGAUUUCUGCACAGACACGCUUAUCAGAUGUGGAAAAGUUUAAGGCCCAGACAUUCUACUCAUUUGACGUGUGAGACAAGAAUUUUACCAGAGACAACAUUUGGGAUGUUUCUAUCACGGGAAACCGACCAUGGUGGGAGGUUGAUAUCGAAGGGGUGAAAUGUGAUCAGAGCCCAGUUGUUGGAACAUAGAACAGUACAGCACUGGACUGGCCAUUCCGCCCACAAAGCUGUGCUGAUCUUGGUGACAAUUUGUACUAAAUGUCCUCCUCCUGUGUAUCAUCCAUAUCCCUCCGUUCCCUUCAAUGUCAUUUCGAACAUCGGACACAGAACAAUACUGCACUGGAACAGACCCUUUGGACUUGCUGUGUUGAAAUAAUUAAAAUUCAUAAUGAAAUGCCCAGUGAAACUAAUCAUUUCUGCCCACCCAAUGUCCAUAUCCCUCCACUUCCUGCCAAUUCAUGUCUCUAUCCAGGGACCUCUUGAACGUCUCUGUCAUAUUUGUCUGCACCACCACCCCGGCAGUGAAUUCCAGACUCUCCCCCUCUCUGUUUCAGAAACUUGCCCCUCGUAUCUCCUUUGAAAUUACCCUCUGUCACUUUCAAUGCCUGCCCUCUGGGACGAGACAUUUCACCGGUGGGGAAAAGACACUGGUAUCUAUCUGUGCCCCACAUAAUAUUAUCUAUAUUAAUAUAUUUGGGCACCACAGUUGGGUAGCGGUCAGCGCGAUGUUAUUUCAGCUCGUGACGUCAGAGUUCAGAGUUCAAUCCCAGCAUCCUCUCUGAGGAUUUUGUACGUCCACCCUGUGGAAUGUGUGGGUUUUCCCUGGGUGCCUCGUUUUCCCCCCGCAGUCCAAAGACAUAUCAGAGAGGUUAAUUGGUAAUUGGAAAUUGUUCUGUGAUUGGGUUUGGGUUAAAUCAGGUCUGUUGGUGGUUGCUGGUCUAGAAGGGCCGACUCCCACUGUAUCUGUAAAUAAACAAACAAACCUCGAACAGUUCUCCCUUCAGCCUCCGUCACUCCAGAGGAAACAACCCUCGUCUGUCCAACAUCUUCCUUCAGAACGUGGCCUCUAAUCCAGGCAGCAUCCUGGUGAAACUCUUCUUCACCCUCUCCAAAGUCCCCACAUCCUUCCUGUAAUGGGGCAACCAGAACUCAAUGCAACACCCCAAAUGUGACCUAACCAGAGUUUUAUAGAGCUGCAACAUGAAAUUCUGACUCUUGAACACAAACCCUUGCCUAAUAAAGGCAAGCAUGACAUUUGCCAAUCUAAAAGACAAAUGGUAUGUGACCUAUUAAAAAACUAUCUAAAAGUCUCUCAAACUCCACCAAAACGCCUGCUUCCACAGUCGCCCCUCCUAAACCCUGUCCACAUACCUACUGUGUAUUUCACUGUACAUAAAUAAAUACAUUGCCCUUCGCAUCACAUUAUGGUUCUGGAAGACCGGGAAAUUGCAAAUGUAACUUCCCUCUUCAAGCAGGGAGAGAGGCAGAAUCAAGACCAUAAGACCAUAAGACAAAGGAGCAGAAGUCGGCCAUUCGGCCCAUCGAGUCUGCUCCGCCAUUUUAUCAUAAGCUGAUCCAUUCUCCCAUUUAGUGCCACUCCCCCGCCUUCUCACCAUAACCUUUGAUGCCCUGGCUACUCAGAUAUCUAUCAAUCUCUGCCUUAAAUACACCCAAUGACUUGACCUCCACUGCCACCCAUGGCAACAAAUUCCACAGAUUCACCACCCUCUAGCUAAAAAAAUUUCUUCGCAUCUCAAUAGACAAUAAUAGACAAUAGACAAUAGGUGCAGGUGCAGGGCUGAAUGGAGUAGGCCAUUUGGCCCUUCGAGCCAGCACCACCAUUCACUGUGAUCAUGGCUGAUCAUCCACAAUCAGAACCCUUUUCCUGCCUUCUCUCCAUAUCCCUUCACUCCGCUAUCUUUAAGAGCUCUAACUAACUCUUUCUUGAAAGAAUCCAGUGAAUUGGCCUCCACUGCCUUCUGAGGCAGAGCAUUCCACAGAACCACAGCCCUCUGGGUGAAAAAGUUUUUCCUCAACUUCGGUCUAAAUUGUCUACCCCUUAUUCUUAAACUGUAACCUCUGGUUCUGGACUCCCCCAACAUCGGGAACAUGCUUCCUGCCUCUAGCGUGUCCAAUCCCUUAGUAAUCUUAUAUGUUUCAAUCAGAUCCUCUCUCAUCAUUCUAAAUUCCAGAGUAUACAACCCCAGUUGCUCCAAUCUUUCAACAUAUGACAGUCCCGCCAUCCCGGGAAUUAACCUCGUGAACCUACGCUGCACUCCCUCAAUAGCAAGAAUGUCCUUCCCCAAAUCUGGAGACCAAAACUGUACACAAUCUCUGUUCUGAAUGGGCGCCAUUCAAUCCUUAAGUUAUGCCCUGUUGUACUAGACUCCCCCCACCAUGGGAAACAACUUUGCCACAUCCACUCUGUCCAUGCCUUUCAACAUUUGAAAUGUGUCUAUGAGAUCCCCCCUCAUUCUUCUAAACUCCAAAGAGUACAGUCCAAAGCAGUCCAACGUUCCUCAUAUGUUAACUCUCUCAUUCCUGGAAUCAUUCUAGUGAAUCUUCUCUGAACCCUCUCCAAUGUCAGAACAUCCUAUCUUAUAUAAGGAGCCCAAAACUUCACACAGUACUCCAAGUGAGGUCUUACCAGUGCCUUAUAGAGCCUCAACAUCACAUCCCUGCUCCUAUACUCUAUUCCUCUAGAAAUGAAUGCCAACAUUGCAUUCGCCUUCUUCACUACUGACUCAUCCUGGAGGUUAACCUUAAGGGUAUCCUGCACGAGGACUCCCAAGUUCCGUUGCAUCUCAGAACUUUGAAUUCUCUCCCCAUUUAAAUAAUAGUCUGCCCGUUUCUUUCUUCUACCAAAGUGCAUGACCAUACACUUUCCAACAUUGUAUUCAUUUGCCACUUCUUUGCCCAUUCUUCCAAUCUAUCCAAGUCUCUCUGCAGACUCUCUGUUUCCUCAGCACUACCGGCCCCUCCACCCAUCUUCGUAUCAUCAGCAAACUUAGCCACAAAGCCAUCUAUUCCAUAAUCCAAAUCGUUAAUGUACAAUGUAAAAAGAAGCUGCCCCAACACGGACCCCUGUGGAACACCACUGGUAACCAGCAGCCAACCAGAAUGGGAUCCCUUUAUUCCCACUCUCUGUUUCCUGCCAAUCAGCCAACGCUCUAUCCACAUAUGUAACUUUCCCGUAAUUCCAUGGGCUCUUAUCUUGUUUAGCAGCCUCAUGUGCGGCACCUUGUCAAAGGCCUUCUGAAAAUCCAAAUAACAACAUCCACUGCAUCUCCCUUGUCUAGCCUACUUGUAAUUUCCUCAAAACAUUACAAUAGGUUUGUCAGUCAGGAUUUUCCUUUCAGGAAACCAUGCUGAGUUCUGCCUAUCUUGUCAUAUGUCUCCAGGUACUCCGUAACCUCAUCCUUGACAAUCGACUCCAACAACUUCCCAACCAUCGAUGUCAAGCUAACAGGUCCAUAAUUUCUUUUUUGCUUCCUUGCCCCCUUCUUAUAAUCAAAGAAAUCAUAGGGCAGUCUGUGACAGGAUUCUGAAUUAGAUAGAGAGAGAGAGGUAUUUAACACCAACAUGCUGUUUUGAAAAGAGAGAGAGGAAGAAAGAGAGAGAGAGAGAGAGAGAAAGACUAACUUUUGGACUGUCACUUUAAGGCACGGGGAGUAACUUUUGGAUUUCUGCUGAGUUGGAGCCGAGUAGCUCGUAAGUUGCUCUGGUGUCCGAGGGCGGCGUUAUUUGAUGGACAAUUGAUGUUAUGAUUUUUCGGUAGCAUGUUUAUACUUCUCAAGGACAUUUGCCUGCUCGUACAUUUCUUAUACAGAGAAGGGAAGGAGAGGGUAUUUGAAUGACAGCUGGUGUCCAGUACGGUGAGAUAAAUAGGUCAGAUGAUAUAGACCUCAGACACAUGCUUUGGACACUGAAUGAGCUUUGUUGUGCCCGCAGAACAAGUGGGUUUUGGGAGGAUCGAUCAGGCAGAUAGAUCAGUCGUUCUUGCAGUGAGAAAAGGGAAUGACUGGUGGGGAUUUGUCCAUGUGUCCACCCUUGCCUGGGUUGAUAACUCCACCACAGAAAACCGGUCCCCUUUGUCACAGUCGGUGACUUUUAAAGGAUUUCAGAGGACAACGAGAAGAUCGACGGGGUCAGCUCACCUGAUAACUCAAAUCUUUCCCUCUCUCUCUCUCUCCAUCACUACUCAACUCAAUACCAGAAACUGAACUGAACUUUACUCAUUAUCGUAAGACUGUACCUUUUUACCCCUAGACUUAAAGGAGCUUGGUUUUCAUAAAUAUUUCCACACUUACUGAUAUACUUACUUAUAUAUAAUCAUUGCUUACCUGUUUGAUUUAUCUACAUUGAUAUUACUGU